CCCUUGGUGCAGCGGCGCAGUAGGUUGUCAAAUUUACUAUUUUGGCUUAUCUACGCAUUGAAGGUUGCCAGAUAAGUCCUCCGCCACACACGAGUAAAAUCCAUCCCCCUCGACGCCGGAUUACGUUCAAUGACGCGUCUCUCAGAUAUCUAUCUCUUCUCUUACAACUCCCUUCAAGCUUUCGGAUGGGCAAUUGCUUUGUUCAGAAUUUUAACUGACUUCUUCUCUACAAAGUCGGUCAACGGUGGCUACGCUUCUGCCGGAGAAUUGAUUUGUUUGUUGCAGACUCUUGCUUUCAUAGAAGUGAUCCAUGGAGUUUUAGGUAUUGUGCCUAGUGGAUUUCUCUUCCCUCUGAUGCAAUGGGGAGGAAGGACACAUUUCCUGCUCGCCAUAGUUCGUAAAAUAUACGAGGUUCAAGAAUCGCCUGCAGUUCUCAUAACAUUUGUUUCUUGGUGUUGCAUUGAGAUAAUUAGGUACCCAUUCUAUGCUUUGAGCUGCUUGGGUAGCUGCCCGUCUUUCCUUACCUACCUCAGGUAUACAGUCUUCAUUGUGAUCUACCCAAUUGGAGUUGUGGGUGAAAUGUGGAUCAUGUACCAAUCACUCCCGGUUAUCUUGGAGAAAAACCUUUAUGCAGAUUAUUUUGCUGCCGUCCCUUUCAGCUACUAUACGUUUGUCAAGGCGGUCCUCAUUUGCUAUCCAUUUCUAUGGCUGCAACUGUAUCUAUAUUUGUUCAAGCAACGACGUUCUAAACUGUAUCCACGCAGUGAGAAGGAGAAAAAGAGAAAAUGAAGAUCCAACACUUGAUAUAUCUAGCUGAGGUGAUAAUUUAAAUCCCUUCUGCAUAUUUUUUUAAAUGUAUCUAGCUGUAUGUAUCUAGAUGUUUAGAUCUACAUGUGUAUUAUAAUUCAAAUAUUUGCACAUCUAUAUUAUUAAACAUGUAUUCUUGUUAUCUCUGUAUUCUUAUGCUGAAAAUAAUGCACAUAUACAUGUUAGUCCU